AUGGCGGAGCAACCGAGAAGGUUUGCCAUAGGCUAUGCUCUAGUCCCAAAGAAGAGGCACAGCUUCAUCCAGCCCUCUCUUGUGGAACGCGCCUGCGAGCGUGGCAUCGAUCUCAUCCCCAUCGACCUGGACAUUCCCCUCUCCGAGCAGGGUGCCUUCGAUUGCAUCAUCCACAAGGUCUCCGGCAAAGCGUGGAGGGCCCAGCUCGAGGACUACUCGGCGAAGAAUCCCCGUACCCCCAUCAUUGACCCUCCUGAAGCCAUCGAGCGACUGCACAAUCGCAUUUCCAUGCUCCAGUUCGUGUCGGAGCUUAAGAUUCCCCAGGAGAAGGAGUCCCUCGGAGUUCCCAACCAGAUCGUGAUCUACGACCAGGCCGCUCUGGUGGACGUAGGAACCGUCGGCGCUCUGCGAUUCCCCUUGAUUGCGAAGCCCCUGGUGGCCGACGGGAGCGCCAAAUCCCACAAAAUGGCGCUGGUUUACCACCGGGAUGGGCUGCUCAAGCAGAAACCUCCUGUGGUUCUCCAAGAGUUUGUGAACCAUGGUGGAGUCAUAUUCAAGGUCUACGUUGUCGGGGACUACGUCAAGUGCGUGAAGCGCAAGUCCCUUCCGGAUGUCUGUGAGGAGAAGCUCGAGGGCUUGGAGGGCUCCGUCUCCUUCUCCCAGGUCUCCAACCUGACAGCCCCCGAGGACUGGGAGGAGGACAAGUACUACGAGACCAUGCACCUGGGGGAAGCUGAAAUGCCGCCCCUUAGCUUCGUCACAGAGGUCGGACAGGGUCUGAGGAAGGCCAUGGGCCUUCAUCUCUUCAACUUCGACAUGAUAAGAGACGCAAAGGUCGGCAACCGCUACCUCGUCAUCGACAUUAACUACUUCCCUGGGUACGCCAAGAUGCCGUCCUAUGAGACUGUUUUGGUCGAAUUCUUCCUUGAUGUUGUCCACAAGAGCUCGGACGAGCGGCCGGAUUCUGCUUCAGAUGGGCAGGAAGUGGCUGAGGACGUGUUGGACAGGGGUUGGUGA